AUGGCAACCGAUACUUACGGACAUCGACUUUUAUACUCCGAAAAGGACAUCUUUUCGUCCGAUGUUAUGUUGGAGUACUCCACUGAGGAGUGCUACUUAAAUUGGCCGAGGUCACCGGACUCUGGACGCUCUAGUCUGGAGCCCACGUCUUCAUUGGACGGCAACCACGAAUCGACCCACAUCGCGUAUAGAGGUGUACCAAAUGACAUUCUGGAAGAAGAAGAUCUAGACGAAGGCUCUGGGAAACGUCGAGGGCGUGCAACCAGCGCUGCUGUGUUGAAACGUCGUCGUCUAGCCGCUAACGCCAGGGAGAGGCGGCGAAUGCAGAACCUCAAUAAAGCCUUCGACAGACUACGAGGCCACUUGCCGUCUCUGGGAGCCGAUCGUCAACUGUCCAAGUACGAAACCCUGCAAAUGGCUCAGACUUACAUCGCGGCGUUGUAUGAACUAUUGCAGUAG